AUGUUGGAUAUAAUUAUGCUCAAUAUGAUAUUUGAUUCUUUGAGAGAAAAAACUUCAAGAAAAAAUUAAAGAUUAAACUAUAAAAUGCUUUAUAUUGGGUGUCAUUUAAAAGAUAUAUAUUUAUUAAAUCCCAAGAGAAUAAUUCAAAAAAAAAAUAAAGGAGGGGCAUGGAUGGGUUUACAAAGUACAUUACAUGUCAAAUUACAUAUAUUAUUAUGCUAAUUUGAAACACUAAGUUGA